AUGCACCCGGCGGAGCAGAUCUCAACCACUCCGUGCACUUGGUCUCCGUUGAUCCACGGCGCGCCGGGCUUGCUGAUGGUGUUCACCACGCAGGCCAUGGAAGGCCCCCACGGUCACGAGGAGCACAAAGCUUUCCACACGAGCGGCGUCGUCGUGCUUGGAGAGGCGCAGGUGCGCUGGUCAGACGUCUUCGGCCUCGAGGUCCUCAAGCGGGCUCUCAUGAUCAACGUCGUGUAUCCCGUCAAGCACCCGACGCUGUUCGAGAACGCCAAGCCACUCUCUAGUCUCAUGCUGUACGGUCCGACGGGCUGUGGGAAGUCGCACAUCGGUAAGGCACUGGCCACCGAGUUCAACGACUCGACCUUCUUCUACGUCAUGUGCCAGCACUUUGCCUCCAAGUGCCUCGUCGGAAACGAGAACCUGACCGUGAGGACACUGUUCGAAAUGGUCCUCAACCACGCACCCAGCGUGCUCUUCCUGGACGAACUUGACGCCCUUAGUGGGACCGGAGUGAGUGGCGAAAGCUCUGGCUUUUUGUACAGAGUGAAGGCCGACUUUUUAAGUCUCCUUGAGGGGAUACUCUUCAAGCAGAAGGUCACCGUCAUUGGAGCAACCAAGUCCCCGUGGGCCGUUGACCCGGCGCUAGCACGCGUGUUUCGAAAGUGGGUUUAUGUUCCGCUACCGACGGACGAAACUCGAGAACUGAUGCUGCUGAACGGUCUUAAGGAUGUCCGCCACCAGCUGUUAGAUGCAGACAUCUUCUACCUUGUGCAGAAGACGGACGGGUACACGUGCGAAGAUCUCAUGCUGCUUCAGAGGGAGGCCAAGAUGGAGGUGAGACAGAAGCUCAAGUCUGCCACGCACUUUGUCAAGGUCGAAGGGUACAGGAGGCCCGGCAGUGCAUCGAAGACCGGCGAUUUCCUCACCCCGUGCUCACCGAACACUCCAGGUGCUAUCAGAUUGUCCUGGAAAGAUAUCCCGAAAGAGGCCCUCUUGGAACCGGAACUCAGCUUGCAAGAUUUCGAGGCGGCCCUGCAGAAGUACCACGCCUCGGUGACAUCCAGCGAGCUUGAAAAACUGGAGGCGUUCAGAACAAACCAGGAGUCAAAUAUCCACACCGUCCUGAGGGUCGACAUGAGUGCCUUUAACGUGGGUCACGUGGUUAACGAAGAAGCUGCAGUGGAAAAUCAAGGCUCGCUCUCACCUUCUUGA